AGUGAAUCCCAAUGUCUUUCAAGAUAGCAUCGACAGAGCAGCCAUGAGUGACAAUGCAGAAUACAAGGAGGCCUUCGCGCUCUUCGACAAGAAGGGCACAGGCGCUGUUCCACGGGAGACACUGGGCGAUCUCCUCCGUGCACUCGGCCAGAACCCAACUCAGGCUGAGGUGACCGAGAUCAUCGCGAAUGCACCACGAGAAGUUGACUACAAGACAUUUUUGACAAUACUCAAUAGGCCAGAUGGAUUCAAGCCUGCAGGAACACCUGAGGAGUUCAUCCGAGGGUUCCAAGUGUUUGACAAAGAGGGGAACGGUUUCAUUGGGGCUGGUGAGCUCAGAUAUGUGCUGACGCAACUUGGCGAGAAGAUGUCAGACGAGGAGGUCGAUGAGUUGCUCAAAGGUGUUCAGAUCGGCCCCGACGGAAACGUAAACUACGAAUCCUUCGUUCGCACAAUACUUAGCCAAUGAUCAUGACAACUCGUGUUCCACCAGCAUCUGGACCUUACUGUAUCUAUUCCAUAUGUCCGUCCAUAAAGAUAAAACAACAACAAAAUGCAUUAUGGCAGCAGCUCUAAUCGCUUU